AUGUUAUUGUGCGUUGAAUGCGCCCAUCCUGUUACAAGCCUUUAUACAGAAUAUUCAAAGAAUAAUUUUAGACUAACACAAUGUCCACUUUGUAAGGAAUUUGCCGACAAGUAUGUGGAGUUUGAUUAUGUUAUUAUAACAAUUGAUUUAAUGCUUAUAAAACCUCAAGUAUACCGACAUCUAUUAUUUAAUCAACUUGGAACACAAGAUAAUCACUUUAAUCCUUAUAUUGUUCGCUUCUGGCUUCUAUUAAUACUUUUUGAUGUUUAUCUUAUGUGGCUACGGGCUGAUCGACAAUCAGAACAAAGUAUAUCAACAUCUACAUCUUCACAAGCUAUUUUGUCAGGCAUAGCAAAAUGCCUGUAUUUUUUAAUUAUAUGUCUUUUAGAAACUAUUUCUUUUCAUUGGGGACCUAGAAUAUUAGCACGACAGUGGUUGGGAUGGCAAAGGAAGAUUUUAUUAUAUGCCUCCGGCACGAUUUCAUUAACUAGUUUGCAGACCUAA